GUUGGGAACAGAGGGAGUUCAUUUACUGAUCAGAGUGUGCCCUGAGAGGCCGCGCUGCUCCUUCUCCCACAUUCACUGGGGCGUCUUGCUCUGCAAGUGCAGUUGCAGGCGGUUCGGGAGCACACGCCCCAGGCCUGCCGCCCGCUGCUUCUGUGCCUCUGCAUCUGCCCCCCCCCCCCGGGUCCCAAGUUCCAGCGACUUCUCCUGUCCCACACUCCGCUUUGCUCCCCGUGUGUCCUGAAGAAAGGGGACGUGCUCCCGAGAUUUUCCACGGUGAUGAUAGCAUUUGAAGACCUGGCUGUGUACUUUAGCUGGGAGGAAUGGCAGAAAAUGAACAAUGCUCAGAAAACCCUGUACAGAGAUGUGAUGUUGGAGACCUACAGCAGCCUGUUCUCCUUAGGGCCCUGCAUUACCAAACCUGACUUGAUCUUCAAGUUGGAGCAAGGAGCAGAGCCAUGGAUGGUGGACGAAUGCCUGAAUCAGAGCCUUUCAGUUGGCAUGAAAAGGGGUGACCUGAUUAAGAUCAACCAGGAAAGUCAGGACAAAAAUCUGAAUCAGGAUUUUAUGAAAAAUAACAAGACAUCAGCCUCCAAGAGAGUUGAAUUAAAAAAAACACUUAGUUUAAAUUCAAGCCAUAUUCCAACACUGAUUAUUGAAAAGGGAACCUAUUCAGGAUUGAAGCCUGAGGAAUGCAAUAUAUGUCACACUGUGUAUCCCCCCAGUGGACCUGAUCAACUACCAGCUGGAGAGAAAUUUGAUAACACUAAGGUACCUGGAAAUUCUCUCCAGUUCUGUGAGCCUCUCUGUCAGCAUGACAAGAUUCACAUCAUGAAGCAGCCAUUUGGACCCAUUGGACAAGGAGAAGUCUUCACAAGGAAGAUGUUCUGUAAAUCUGAGAGGGCUCACAUGGGAGAAAACUGUAAUAAGGCAGCUGUCACUUUUGGAAAAGCAACUCAAAUAGAAAAAGCUAUCCAUGAAAAUUCUAGCCUCAAUAUGCAUCAACAAACCCACACAAGAGAGAAAUUUUAUGAAUACAUUAGGUAUGUUGAACCUGUCAUUCACCAAUCAUAUCUUGCAAUAAAUCGGAGACCACAUAUAAGGGGAAAACUCUACACAUGUAAACCUUGUGGAAAAUCACUAAGCUCUAAUUCACCUUAUGAAUGUAAUGGCUGUGGAAAAGCCUUUGGACAAAAGUCAAACCUCAUCAUACACCAGAGAAUUCACACAGGGGAGAAACCUCACAAAUGUAAUGACUGUGGAAAAGCUUAUGGCCAUAAGUCAGACCUUAUGAAACAUCAGAAGAUUCACACAAGGGAGAAAACUCAUAAAUGUAAUUACUGUGGAAAAGCCUUUGGACAAAAGUCAUAUCUCAUAUCACACCAGAGAAUUCACACAGGCGAAAAACCUUAUGUAUGUAAUGACUGUGGAAAAGCCUUCAGACAAAAGUCAACCCUCAUCAUGCAUCAGAGAAUUCACACAGGGGAGAAGCCUCAUGAAUAUAAUGACUGUGGAAAAGCCUUUACACAAAAGUCACACCUCAUAAACCAUCAGCAAAUUCACACAGGAGAGAAACCUCAAGAAUGUAAUGACUGUGGGAAAGCAUUUGGCCAUAUGUCAGCCCUCCUCAUACAUCAGCGAAUUCACACAGGAGAGAAACUUUAUGAAUGCCUUCAUUGUGGAAAAGCCUUUGGCCGUAAGUCAUCCCUCCUCAUACAUCAGCGAAUUCACACAGGGGAGAAACCCUAUGAAUGUAAUGACUGUGGGAAAGCCUUUGGACAAAAGUCAAACCUCAUAAUGCACCAGAGAAUUCACAGAGGAGAGAAACCUCAUGAAUGUAAUGACUGUGGAAAAGCCUUUGGCCAUAAGUCAGGCCUUAUGAAACAUCAGAGAAUUCACUCAGGUGAGAAACCUUAUGCAUGUAAUGACUGUGGAAAAGCCUUUGGCCAUAAGUCAUCCCUCCUCAUACACCAGCGAAUUCACAGAGGGGAGAAACCUCAUGAAUGUAAUGCCUGUGGGAAAGCCUUUGGCCGUAAGUCAGCCCUCCUCAUACAUCAGCGAAUUCACACAGGGGAGAAGCCUCAUGAAUGUAAUGACUGUGUAAAAGCCUUUGGACAAAAGUCAAACCUCAUAUCACACCAGCGAAUUCACACAGGGGAGAAACCUCAUGAAUGUAACGACUGUGGGAAAACAUUUGGCCGUAAAUCAAACCUCAUGAUCCACCAGAGAAUUCACACAGGGGAGAAACCCUAUGCAUGUAAUGACUGUGGGAAAGCCUUUGGACAAAAGCCAAACCUCAUAAUGCACCGGAGAAUUCACACAGGAGAGAAACCUCAUGAAUGUAAUGACUGUGGAAAAGCCUUUGUACGAAAGUCAGAACUCAUGAAACAUCAGCAAAUUCACACAGGGGAGAAACCUCAUGAAUGUAAUGACUGUGGAAAAGCCUUUGGCCAUAAGUCAUCUCUCCUCAUACAUCAGCAAAUUCAUACAGGAGAGAAGCCUCAUGAAUGUAAUGACUGUGGAAAAGCCUUUGGAAAAAAGUCAACCCUCAUCAUGCAUCAGAGAAUUCACACAGGCGAGAAACCAUAUGAAUGUAACAGCUGUGGAAAAGCCUUUGGACAAAAGUCAGACCUCAUGAAACAUCAGCAGAUUCACACAGGGGAGAAACCUCAUGUGUGCAAUGACUGUGGAAAAGCCUUUGGCCAUAAGUCAACCCUCAUAGUGCAUCAAAGAAUUCACACAGGGGAGAAGCCUCAUGAAUGUAAUGACUGUGGAAAAGCCUUUGGACAAAAGUCAAACCUCAUAGUGCAUCAAAGAAUUCACACAGGGGAGAAACCUCAUGAAUGUAAUGACUGUGGAAAAGCCUUUACACAAAAAUCACACCUCAUAAGCCAUCAGCAAAUUCACACAGGGAAGAAACCUCAUGAAUGUAAUGAUUGUUGAAAGCAUUUGGCCAUAAAUCAGCCCUCCUCAUACAUCAGCGAAUUCACACAGGGGAGCAACCUGUGAGAAACAUAAAUGUAAUGACUGUGGAAAAGCCUUUGGCCAAAAUCACACCUCCUAUCACAUCAGAGAAUUCACACAGGACAGAAACCCUAUGAAUGUAAUGACUGUGGGAAGCUUUUGGCCAUAAGUUCCAACUCGAAAUGCACCAGAGAAUACACACAGGGAAAUAACCUUAUGAAUGUAAUGACUGUGGAAAAAUCUUUUGCUAUAAAUUGUACCUAUGACAAAACAGAAUUCACAAAGGGCAGAAACCUUAUGAAUCUAAUGAGUGUGGGAAAGCAUUUUGCUAUAAAUCAUAGCUCAUAUCACAGCAGAGAAUUCACACUGGGGAGAAUCUUCAUGACUAUAGAAAAGCCCUUGGCAAUAAGUCACAUCUCAGAAUGCAUCAGAAAAUUCACAUGAAGAGAAACCUUUUGAACAUAAUGACUUGAAAAGCCUUUUCCCAUAAUUCAGCCCUCAUUGCAUAUAAUCUAAUUCAUAUAGGGGAAAAAACUUUGAAUAUAAUACAUAUGGAAAGGCCUUUAUCCAUCAGUAACACCUCAUAAAAUUUCAGAGAAUUCACUUGGGGGGAGAAACUUUAUGAAUGUAAGGAGUAUUGGAAAAUUUUGCCAAAAUCACACUAUAUAACAUCAGAGAAUUUAUUACAAGGUGGAAAUCUUGUUAUAAAUGUGGGAAAGCCUUUUGUCAGAAGCAAUACCUCAUAACACAUGGAAUUCAAACAAGAUAGAGAACUUAAGAAUAUAAUAAAUGUGAAGGACUUUUUCCAAAAUCAAUGUGACCGUUGUGACAGAGUCUUUUGCUGGAAAUCACAUCCCAUACAAUAGGCACUCCCAUAAAGAAGAAAGGCCAGAAAUUUUAUCAGUGUGAAAAAAGCCAUUUGUCAGAAAUCAAUCAUUAUAUAUCAGAGAAUUCACACUGAGAGUUUCUUAGGAGUGUAAUGAAUGUGGAAAUAUAUAUUUCCUGGAAUUCAGGCUUGCAUAAAUAUAGAACUCAAAAAAGGAGAUAUCCUUCAAGUACAGCAGAUAUGAAAAAACCUUUAGCCAGAAAUUAAACAUCAACAAACACCAGAGAAUUCAUACCAAAAAAAUCAAUUUAAUGAAUGUGCAAAAUUCUUCUGCCACAAAUCAAUUCACAAGAAGGGACUCAGAAAUGAGAAAACAUGCAUGCAUAGAAAAGUUAUGUACUAUAAGUCAUCUCUCAAUGACUGACAAUUAACACAAAGGAAAAAAUCCUAUGACUGUAUUGUAAUGGGAUUAUAUUGUUAUUAUUAGACAAACUUCCACAAAACAUAACAAGAUUACAGAGAGAAGUCCCUGAAAUGUAAUGUGUUUGGAGGAAUUCUUUGGAAUCACAUCAUAGCAAGAUUUGGGUAGUUUGCAUGAUGAAUUGUUACAGAGAGUGGUUAUCCAUUCUUCAGAAAUUUUUUCUCUAAUACAACCUGUGGUUCUGGUUUCUCAUUAUUGUGAAUGUGACCAAGUAUAUGAACUGUGCUCUCAUGUGUAAAUUUUGUUAAUAAAUAUUUAAAA